UUCACAACUUGAGCUUGGAGAGGACAACAGCACAGAUGAGCGACAGCGGCGAUGUGGUGUGGGCUUGUCGUCUGCCAAAGGCGAUGAGCAGUGCAGAGAAGGAAGAGCUGAAGCAGAAGGUGUCCCGUGCAAACCCUGCUGCCUUCCAUGCGGCGUCCCGCUACCCAAUCACGAAGGAAGUGGAAGACAUUUUGGAGCAGAUGUCCCUUGUAGCCACGCGAGAGGAAUACGGCAACGACUUUUGGCAAGAAGGAUCCUACUCCUGUUCGCGGUGUCAUGGUCGCCUCUAUUGCUCCAAGGAUAAGUUCCACGGGCCGUGUUUGUGGCCGUCGUUUCGUCAGCCCGUUGCAGAUGAUGUGUUGUUGACACGCAAGGUGGAUUCAUACAACAACUACACGUGCGAAGUGCACGAGGUCUACUGCAACAGCUGCCAGCUCUUUCUUGGGCACAUGUUUGAGGAUGGCAAGGAGCAUGGCGAUACACACCCAGACGCGCGGUGGCGGCACUGCGUCCUGAGCUUGAGUCUUGACUUCGCGCCAUCCCCAGCAUCAUCGGCGCAAUGAUGGGCAGCCCGCCGCCAUCAAGUGCACAUUUGUGCUGACAGUAACUGCCUCUCUGACUGAACUACACACAUACCCGUCUCUGUCUCUGUCUCUCUCUCGUGUUUCUCGUGGUUUUUGCGUCUUUCUGGUUCAGGCGAGUCAAUGGGGAGGUUUGUGUAAUCCAACCACAAUACAGCCC